AAAGAGACGAAAGCAGGAGGGGGGCAGCGUUCUGAAAUGCCGACUUGCGGGCGUGUGUGACAUUUUGAUGUAGAGUGUCUUUGAUGAUUUUCGUCAUGUAUUGAUUUAAUACAUAGAUAUUUCCGAAAAAAGAAGAUGGAUGUCGCAGUGAUAGAAGUCCUUCAACAAGCGGGUAGUCAGGAUCCCACUAUUUUGAAACCAGCUGAACAAACUCUAAAACAAUGGGAAACUGAAAGGGGAUUCUACACUGCGUUAUAUAAUGUGUUUUCUAAUCAUUCCUUGAGUAUCAAUAUUAGAUGGAUGGCUAUUUUAUGUUUCAAAAAUGGUGUUGAUAAAUAUUGGAGAAAAAAUGCUCCAAAUGGAAUUGCAGAUGACAAAAAGGAAUUUCUUAGACAACGUUUAAUAGUAAACUUUGAAGAACCUGUAAAUCAGUUAGCUAUCCAAUUGGCAGCUCUCAUUGCUAAAAUUGCAAGAUAUGAUUGGCCUAGAGAAUGGCGCUCAUUAAUUCCAACCUUAUUGGAUGUUAUAAGAGGACAAAAUCCUUUGGCCCAGCAUCGGGCACUGUUAAUAUUACAUCAUGUUGUUAAGUGUUUAGCCUCUAAACGUUUAGUUCCUGGCAGACGACUCUUCCAAGAAUUAACCAGUAGUGUGUUCAGUUUUAUUCUGAAUGUGUGGAAUACUUACACAGAAUCUUUUCUUAUAAUGGCAUCAAAUGGGGCAGACACAAAUCAGAUACAGGAAGCUUUGGAAAAAGCGUUACUUCUAUUGAGAAUUCUUAGAACACUUAUUGUAAAUGGGUUUAAUAAGCCUUCAGAAUCCCAUGAUGCUAUGUCAUUCUUGGAAAUUGUUUUUGAACGUGCAAGAACUUGUCUUGAAUGUCGAAAGACAUUAAUUUCAAGAGGUAUACAGAUGGAAGUAUGCGAUAAAUUUAUAAUUCAUUUAACUAAAGUAUUAAUAGGAGUAUUAGAAAUGCAUCCAUUUUGCUAUGUAGAACUAAUACCAACAUCAUUAGAAUUUUCUGUUUUUUAUUGUUUCACUGAAGCUGGUCAAGCCCUAGCUUUUGAAAGAUUUGUUAUACAGUGUUUAAAUUUAAUGAAAGGCAUUUUAUUAUCUACAUACUAUAAACCAGCUAAAGUUCUCAAAGAUACGAAAAAUCCUUUAACGUUGAGAGCAAAUCAAUUGAGACAAGAAUUUUUUACACCUGAAACAUUAGCAGAAAUUUGUUCAAGGCUGGUAACACAUUAUUUUCUUUUAACACCUGCUGAAUUGGAAUUAUGGGAUACAGAUCCAGAAAGUUUUGUUGUCGAUGAUGGCGGUGAAUCAUGGAAAUAUAGCUUAAGGCCUUGUACGGAGUGUCUGUUUGUAGUAAUUUUCCAUCAUUUUGGAGAAGUUCUUGUACCAGUUUUAGUUGAAUUAAUGCAAAGACAUCAUCAACCAGUUGACCCGAAUAAUUUGCAUGCUAUUCUAGUAAAAGAUGCAGUAUAUAAUGCAGUUGGUUUGGCUGCAUUUGAUUUAUACGAUGAGGUAAAUUUUGAUCAAUGGUUUUCAACUACCUUAAAAGAAGAGUUGAAAAUUCGAAGUAACAAUUAUAGAAUUAUUAGAAGACGAGUAUGUUGGCUUAUUGGGCGCUGGACAACUGUUAAGUUAAGUACAGAGUUAAGACCAGAAUUAUACAAACUUAUGGUUGAAGUUUUGAGUCCUGAAGAAGAUCUGGGUGUUCGCUUAGCAGCAAGCGAUGCUUUAAAACUUGCGAUAGAUGAUUUUCAAUUUAAUCCGGAAGAAUUCUCGCCAUAUUUAGAACCAGCAUUCUCUUUAUUAUUUUCGCUCCUAAAAGAAGUAAAAGAAUGUGAUACCAAGAUGUAUGUGUUAUACGUGUUAUCAUUUAUGAUUGAACAUGCUGGUAGUGAAAUAAACCCACUUGUUGGAGCCCUCAGUUCAUAUUUGCCAGCACUUUGGCAAGAAUGUGAAGAACAUAAUAUGCUAAGAUGUGCUAUAAUUUCAACACUUGUACAUCUGGAAAAGGCUUUAGGUUCUGAAAGCGUCCUUAUAGAACCACAAGUAGUAGGUGUUAUUGCAUUAAGUUGUGACGUCAAUCAAAAUUGUCACGUUUAUUUGUUAGAAGAUGGCUUGCGAUUACGGUCAGCUUUACUGCAAAAUGCAGCUGCACCAACAUUGGCUAUAACGGAACUGACUAAAAAUUUGCCUGCUGUAUUAGAAAAAUCAUUUGAACAUUUAAAAUUAUGUUUGUAUAUAGUUCAAGCAUAUGUAAUAUUAAGUCCCCAAGAAUUUUUAAGUCAAAGAGGAGCGAUUAUAAUCGAAACACUUAGGCCACUUUUAGGAGAUUUGAACUCGGAAGGAGUUGUAAUGAUAAUGACAGUGUUUGAAAUGUGUUUAUGUGCUUCACCUCGGCAAAGUGCAAAACUUAUUAAACCUGUUUUGAUAACUAUAUUUGAGAAGAUGGAUGUCGCAGUGAUAGAAGUCCUUCAACAAGCGGGUAGUCAGGAUCCCACUAUUUUGAAACCAGCUGAACAAACUCUAAAACAAUGGGAAACUGAAAGGGGAUUCUACACUGCGUUAUAUAAUGUGUUUUCUAAUCAUUCCUUGAGUAUCAAUAUUAGAUGGAUGGCUAUUUUAUGUUUCAAAAAUGGUGUUGAUAAAUAUUGGAGAAAAAAUGCUCCAAAUGGAAUUGCAGAUGACAAAAAGGAAUUUCUUAGACAACGUUUAAUAGUAAACUUUGAAGAACCUGUAAAUCAGUUAGCUAUCCAAUUGGCAGCUCUCAUUGCUAAAAUUGCAAGAUAUGAUUGGCCUAGAGAAUGGCGCUCAUUAAUUCCAACCUUAUUGGAUGUUAUAAGAGGACAAAAUCCUUUGGCCCAGCAUCGGGCACUGUUAAUAUUACAUCAUGUUGUUAAGUGUUUAGCCUCUAAACGUUUAGUUCCUGGCAGACGACUCUUCCAAGAAUUAACCAGUAGUGUGUUCAGUUUUAUUCUGAAUGUGUGGAAUACUUACACAGAAUCUUUUCUUAUAAUGGCAUCAAAUGGGGCAGACACAAAUCAGAUACAGGAAGCUUUGGAAAAAGCGUUACUUCUAUUGAGAAUUCUUAGAACACUUAUUGUAAAUGGGUUUAAUAAGCCUUCAGAAUCCCAUGAUGCUAUGUCAUUCUUGGAAAUUGUUUUUGAACGUGCAAGAACUUGUCUUGAAUGUCGAAAGACAUUAAUUUCAAGAGGUAUACAGAUGGAAGUAUGCGAUAAAUUUAUAAUUCAUUUAACUAAAGUAUUAAUAGGAGUAUUAGAAAUGCAUCCAUUUUGCUAUGUAGAACUAAUACCAACAUCAUUAGAAUUUUCUGUUUUUUAUUGUUUCACUGAAGCUGGUCAAGCCCUAGCUUUUGAAAGAUUUGUUAUACAGUGUUUAAAUUUAAUGAAAGGCAUUUUAUUAUCUACAUACUAUAAACCAGCUAAAGUUCUCAAAGAUACGAAAAAUCCUUUAACGUUGAGAGCAAAUCAAUUGAGACAAGAAUUUUUUACACCUGAAACAUUAGCAGAAAUUUGUUCAAGGCUGGUAACACAUUAUUUUCUUUUAACACCUGCUGAAUUGGAAUUAUGGGAUACAGAUCCAGAAAGUUUUGUUGUCGAUGAUGGCGGUGAAUCAUGGAAAUAUAGCUUAAGGCCUUGUACGGAGUGUCUGUUUGUAGUAAUUUUCCAUCAUUUUGGAGAAGUUCUUGUACCAGUUUUAGUUGAAUUAAUGCAAAGACAUCAUCAACCAGUUGACCCGAAUAAUUUGCAUGCUAUUCUAGUAAAAGAUGCAGUAUAUAAUGCAGUUGGUUUGGCUGCAUUUGAUUUAUACGAUGAGGUAAAUUUUGAUCAAUGGUUUUCAACUACCUUAAAAGAAGAGUUGAAAAUUCGAAGUAACAAUUAUAGAAUUAUUAGAAGACGAGUAUGUUGGCUUAUUGGGCGCUGGACAACUGUUAAGUUAAGUACAGAGUUAAGACCAGAAUUAUACAAACUUAUGGUUGAAGUUUUGAGUCCUGAAGAAGAUCUGGGUGUUCGCUUAGCAGCAAGCGAUGCUUUAAAACUUGCGAUAGAUGAUUUUCAAUUUAAUCCGGAAGAAUUCUCGCCAUAUUUAGAACCAGCAUUCUCUUUAUUAUUUUCGCUCCUAAAAGAAGUAAAAGAAUGUGAUACCAAGAUGUAUGUGUUAUACGUGUUAUCAUUUAUGAUUGAACAUGCUGGUAGUGAAAUAAACCCACUUGUUGGAGCCCUCAGUUCAUAUUUGCCAGCACUUUGGCAAGAAUGUGAAGAACAUAAUAUGCUAAGAUGUGCUAUAAUUUCAACACUUGUACAUCUGGAAAAGGCUUUAGGUUCUGAAAGCGUCCUUAUAGAACCACAAGUAGUAGGUGUUAUUGCAUUAAGUUGUGACGUCAAUCAAAAUUGUCACGUUUAUUUGUUAGAAGAUGGCUUGCGAUUACGGUCAGCUUUACUGCAAAAUGCAGCUGCACCAACAUUGGCUAUAACGGAACUGACUAAAAAUUUGCCUGCUGUAUUAGAAAAAUCAUUUGAACAUUUAAAAUUAUGUUUGUAUAUAGUUCAAGCAUAUGUAAUAUUAAGUCCCCAAGAAUUUUUAAGUCAAAGAGGAGCGAUUAUAAUCGAAACACUUAGGCCACUUUUAGGAGAUUUGAACUCGGAAGGAGUUGUAAUGAUAAUGACAGUGUUUGAAAUGUGUUUAUGUGCUUCACCUCGGCAAAGUGCAAAACUUAUUAAACCUGUUUUGAUAACUAUAUUUGAGAAGAUGGAUGUCGCAGUGAUAGAAGUCCUUCAACAAGCGGGUAGUCAGGAUCCCACUAUUUUGAAACCAGCUGAACAAACUCUAAAACAAUGGGAAACUGAAAGGGGAUUCUACACUGCGUUAUAUAAUGUGUUUUCUAAUCAUUCCUUGAGUAUCAAUAUUAGAUGGAUGGCUAUUUUAUGUUUCAAAAAUGGUGUUGAUAAAUAUUGGAGAAAAAAUGCUCCAAAUGGAAUUGCAGAUGACAAAAAGGAAUUUCUUAGACAACGUUUAAUAGUAAACUUUGAAGAACCUGUAAAUCAGUUAGCUAUCCAAUUGGCAGCUCUCAUUGCUAAAAUUGCAAGAUAUGAUUGGCCUAGAGAAUGGCGCUCAUUAAUUCCAACCUUAUUGGAUGUUAUAAGAGGACAAAAUCCUUUGGCCCAGCAUCGGGCACUGUUAAUAUUACAUCAUGUUGUUAAGUGUUUAGCCUCUAAACGUUUAGUUCCUGGCAGACGACUCUUCCAAGAAUUAACCAGUAGUGUGUUCAGUUUUAUUCUGAAUGUGUGGAAUACUUACACAGAAUCUUUUCUUAUAAUGGCAUCAAAUGGGGCAGACACAAAUCAGAUACAGGAAGCUUUGGAAAAAGCGUUACUUCUAUUGAGAAUUCUUAGAACACUUAUUGUAAAUGGGUUUAAUAAGCCUUCAGAAUCCCAUGAUGCUAUGUCAUUCUUGGAAAUUGUUUUUGAACGUGCAAGAACUUGUCUUGAAUGUCGAAAGACAUUAAUUUCAAGAGGUAUACAGAUGGAAGUAUGCGAUAAAUUUAUAAUUCAUUUAACUAAAGUAUUAAUAGGAGUAUUAGAAAUGCAUCCAUUUUGCUAUGUAGAACUAAUACCAACAUCAUUAGAAUUUUCUGUUUUUUAUUGUUUCACUGAAGCUGGUCAAGCCCUAGCUUUUGAAAGAUUUGUUAUACAGUGUUUAAAUUUAAUGAAAGGCAUUUUAUUAUCUACAUACUAUAAACCAGCUAAAGUUCUCAAAGAUACGAAAAAUCCUUUAACGUUGAGAGCAAAUCAAUUGAGACAAGAAUUUUUUACACCUGAAACAUUAGCAGAAAUUUGUUCAAGGCUGGUAACACAUUAUUUUCUUUUAACACCUGCUGAAUUGGAAUUAUGGGAUACAGAUCCAGAAAGUUUUGUUGUCGAUGAUGGCGGUGAAUCAUGGAAAUAUAGCUUAAGGCCUUGUACGGAGUGUCUGUUUGUAGUAAUUUUCCAUCAUUUUGGAGAAGUUCUUGUACCAGUUUUAGUUGAAUUAAUGCAAAGACAUCAUCAACCAGUUGACCCGAAUAAUUUGCAUGCUAUUCUAGUAAAAGAUGCAGUAUAUAAUGCAGUUGGUUUGGCUGCAUUUGAUUUAUACGAUGAGGUAAAUUUUGAUCAAUGGUUUUCAACUACCUUAAAAGAAGAGUUGAAAAUUCGAAGUAACAAUUAUAGAAUUAUUAGAAGACGAGUAUGUUGGCUUAUUGGGCGCUGGACAACUGUUAAGUUAAGUACAGAGUUAAGACCAGAAUUAUACAAACUUAUGGUUGAAGUUUUGAGUCCUGAAGAAGAUCUGGGUGUUCGCUUAGCAGCAAGCGAUGCUUUAAAACUUGCGAUAGAUGAUUUUCAAUUUAAUCCGGAAGAAUUCUCGCCAUAUUUAGAACCAGCAUUCUCUUUAUUAUUUUCGCUCCUAAAAGAAGUAAAAGAAUGUGAUACCAAGAUGUAUGUGUUAUACGUGUUAUCAUUUAUGAUUGAACAUGCUGGUAGUGAAAUAAACCCACUUGUUGGAGCCCUCAGUUCAUAUUUGCCAGCACUUUGGCAAGAAUGUGAAGAACAUAAUAUGCUAAGAUGUGCUAUAAUUUCAACACUUGUACAUCUGGAAAAGGCUUUAGGUUCUGAAAGCGUCCUUAUAGAACCACAAGUAGUAGGUGUUAUUGCAUUAAGUUGUGACGUCAAUCAAAAUUGUCACGUUUAUUUGUUAGAAGAUGGCUUGCGAUUACGGUCAGCUUUACUGCAAAAUGCAGCUGCACCAACAUUGGCUAUAACGGAACUGACUAAAAAUUUGCCUGCUGUAUUAGAAAAAUCAUUUGAACAUUUAAAAUUAUGUUUGUAUAUAGUUCAAGCAUAUGUAAUAUUAAGUCCCCAAGAAUUUUUAAGUCAAAGAGGAGCGAUUAUAAUCGAAACACUUAGGCCACUUUUAGGAGAUUUGAACUCGGAAGGAGUUGUAAUGAUAAUGACAGUGUUUGAAAUGUGUUUAUGUGCUUCACCUCGGCAAAGUGCAAAACUUAUUAAACCUGUUUUGAUAACUAUAUUUGAGAAGAUGGAUGUCGCAGUGAUAGAAGUCCUUCAACAAGCGGGUAGUCAGGAUCCCACUAUUUUGAAACCAGCUGAACAAACUCUAAAACAAUGGGAAACUGAAAGGGGAUUCUACACUGCGUUAUAUAAUGUGUUUUCUAAUCAUUCCUUGAGUAUCAAUAUUAGAUGGAUGGCUAUUUUAUGUUUCAAAAAUGGUGUUGAUAAAUAUUGGAGAAAAAAUGCUCCAAAUGGAAUUGCAGAUGACAAAAAGGAAUUUCUUAGACAACGUUUAAUAGUAAACUUUGAAGAACCUGUAAAUCAGUUAGCUAUCCAAUUGGCAGCUCUCAUUGCUAAAAUUGCAAGAUAUGAUUGGCCUAGAGAAUGGCGCUCAUUAAUUCCAACCUUAUUGGAUGUUAUAAGAGGACAAAAUCCUUUGGCCCAGCAUCGGGCACUGUUAAUAUUACAUCAUGUUGUUAAGUGUUUAGCCUCUAAACGUUUAGUUCCUGGCAGACGACUCUUCCAAGAAUUAACCAGUAGUGUGUUCAGUUUUAUUCUGAAUGUGUGGAAUACUUACACAGAAUCUUUUCUUAUAAUGGCAUCAAAUGGGGCAGACACAAAUCAGAUACAGGAAGCUUUGGAAAAAGCGUUACUUCUAUUGAGAAUUCUUAGAACACUUAUUGUAAAUGGGUUUAAUAAGCCUUCAGAAUCCCAUGAUGCUAUGUCAUUCUUGGAAAUUGUUUUUGAACGUGCAAGAACUUGUCUUGAAUGUCGAAAGACAUUAAUUUCAAGAGGUAUACAGAUGGAAGUAUGCGAUAAAUUUAUAAUUCAUUUAACUAAAGUAUUAAUAGGAGUAUUAGAAAUGCAUCCAUUUUGCUAUGUAGAACUAAUACCAACAUCAUUAGAAUUUUCUGUUUUUUAUUGUUUCACUGAAGCUGGUCAAGCCCUAGCUUUUGAAAGAUUUGUUAUACAGUGUUUAAAUUUAAUGAAAGGCAUUUUAUUAUCUACAUACUAUAAACCAGCUAAAGUUCUCAAAGAUACGAAAAAUCCUUUAACGUUGAGAGCAAAUCAAUUGAGACAAGAAUUUUUUACACCUGAAACAUUAGCAGAAAUUUGUUCAAGGCUGGUAACACAUUAUUUUCUUUUAACACCUGCUGAAUUGGAAUUAUGGGAUACAGAUCCAGAAAGUUUUGUUGUCGAUGAUGGCGGUGAAUCAUGGAAAUAUAGCUUAAGGCCUUGUACGGAGUGUCUGUUUGUAGUAAUUUUCCAUCAUUUUGGAGAAGUUCUUGUACCAGUUUUAGUUGAAUUAAUGCAAAGACAUCAUCAACCAGUUGACCCGAAUAAUUUGCAUGCUAUUCUAGUAAAAGAUGCAGUAUAUAAUGCAGUUGGUUUGGCUGCAUUUGAUUUAUACGAUGAGGUAAAUUUUGAUCAAUGGUUUUCAACUACCUUAAAAGAAGAGUUGAAAAUUCGAAGUAACAAUUAUAGAAUUAUUAGAAGACGAGUAUGUUGGCUUAUUGGGCGCUGGACAACUGUUAAGUUAAGUACAGAGUUAAGACCAGAAUUAUACAAACUUAUGGUUGAAGUUUUGAGUCCUGAAGAAGAUCUGGGUGUUCGCUUAGCAGCAAGCGAUGCUUUAAAACUUGCGAUAGAUGAUUUUCAAUUUAAUCCGGAAGAAUUCUCGCCAUAUUUAGAACCAGCAUUCUCUUUAUUAUUUUCGCUCCUAAAAGAAGUAAAAGAAUGUGAUACCAAGAUGUAUGUGUUAUACGUGUUAUCAUUUAUGAUUGAACGUGCUGGUAGUGAAAUAAACCCACUUGUUGGAGCCCUCAGUUCAUAUUUGCCAGCACUUUGGCAAGAAUGUGAAGAACAUAAUAUGCUAAGAUGUGCUAUAAUUUCAACACUUGUACAUCUGGAAAAGGCUUUAGGUUCUGAAAGCGUCCUUAUAGAACCACAAGUAGUAGGUGUUAUUGCAUUAAGUUGUGACGUCAAUCAAAAUUGUCACGUUUAUUUGUUAGAAGAUGGCUUGCGAUUACGGUCAGCUUUACUGCAAAAUGCAGCUGCACCAACAUUGGCUAUAACGGAACUGACUAAAAAUUUGCCUGCUGUAUUAGAAAAAUCAUUUGAACAUUUAAAAUUAUGUUUGUAUAUAGUUCAAGCAUAUGUAAUAUUAAGUCCCCAAGAAUUUUUAAGUCAAAGAGGAGCGAUUAUAAUCGAAACACUUAGGCCACUUUUAGGAGAUUUGAACUCGGAAGGAGUUGUAAUGAUAAUGACAGUGUUUGAAAUGUGUUUAUGUGCUUCACCUCGGCAAAGUGCAAAACUUAUUAAACCUGUUUUGAUAACUAUAUUUGAGAAGAUGGAUGUCGCAGUGAUAGAAGUCCUUCAACAAGCGGGUAGUCAGGAUCCCACUAUUUUGAAACCAGCUGAACAAACUCUAAAACAAUGGGAAACUGAAAGGGGAUUCUACACUGCGUUAUAUAAUGUGUUUUCUAAUCAUUCCUUGAGUAUCAAUAUUAGAUGGAUGGCUAUUUUAUGUUUCAAAAAUGGUGUUGAUAAAUAUUGGAGAAAAAAUGCUCCAAAUGGAAUUGCAGAUGACAAAAAGGAAUUUCUUAGACAACGUUUAAUAGUAAACUUUGAAGAACCUGUAAAUCAGUUAGCUAUCCAAUUGGCAGCUCUCAUUGCUAAAAUUGCAAGAUAUGAUUGGCCUAGAGAAUGGCGCUCAUUAAUUCCAACCUUAUUGGAUGUUAUAAGAGGACAAAAUCCUUUGGCCCAGCAUCGGGCACUGUUAAUAUUACAUCAUGUUGUUAAGUGUUUAGCCUCUAAACGUUUAGUUCCUGACAGACGACUCUUCCAAGAAUUAACCAGUAGUGUGUUCAGUUUUAUUCUGAAUGUGUGGAAUACUUACACAGAAUCUUUUCUUAUAAUGGCAUCAAAUGGGGCAGACACAAAUCAGAUACAGGAAGCUUUGGAAAAAGCGUUACUUCUAUUGAGAAUUCUUAGAACACUUAUUGUAAAUGGGUUUAAUAAACCUUCAGAAUCCCAUGAUGCUAUGUCAUUCUUGGAAAUUGUUUUUGAACGUGCAAGAACUUGUCUUGAAUGUCGAAAGACAUUAAUUUCAAGAGGUAUACAGAUGGAAGUAUGCGAUAAAUUUAUAAUUCAUUUAACUAAAGUAUUAAUAGGAGUAUUAGAAAUGCAUCCAUUUUGCUAUGUAGAACUAAUACCAACAUCAUUAGAAUUUUCUGUUUUUUAUUGUUUCACUGAAGCUGGUCAAGCCCUAGCUUUUGAAAGAUUUGUUAUACAGUGUUUAAAUUUAAUGAAAGGCAUUUUAUUAUCUACAUACUAUAAACCAGCUAAAGUUCUCAAAGAUACGAAAAAUCCUUUAACAUUGAGAGCAAAUCAAUUGAGACAAGAAUUUUUCACACCUGAAACAUUAGCAGAAAUUUGUUCAAGGCUGGUAACACAUUAUUUUCUUUUAACACCUGCUGAAUUGGAAUUAUGGGAUACAGAUCCAGAAAGUUUUGUUGUCGAUGAUGGCGGUGAAUCAUGGAAAUAUAGCUUAAGGUCUUGUAUGGAGUGUCUGUUUGUAGUAAUUUUCCAUCAUUUUGGAGAAGUUCUUGUACCAGUUUUAGUUGAAUUAAUGCAAAGACAUCAUCAACCAGUUGACCCGAAUAAUUUGCAUGCUAUUCUAGUAAAAGAUGCAGUAUAUAAUGCAGUUGGUUUGGCUGCAUUUGAUUUAUACGAUGAGGUAAAUUUUGAUCAAUGGUUUUCAACUACCUUAAAAGAAGAGUUGAAAAUUCGAAGUAACAAUUAUAGAAUUAUUAGAAGACGAGUAUGUUGGCUUAUUGGGCGCUGGACAACUGUUAAGUUAAGUACAGAGUUAAGACCAGAAUUAUACAAACUUAUGGUUGAAGUUUUGAGUCCUGAAGAAGAUCUGGGUGUUCGCUUAGCAGCAAGCGAUGCUUUAAAACUUGCGAUAGAUUUUCAAUUUAAUCCGGAAGAAUUCUCGCCAUAUUUAGAACCAGCAUUCUCUUUAUUAUUUUCGCUCCUAAAAGAAGUAAAAGAAUGUGAUACCAAGAUGUAUGUGUUAUACGUGUUAUCAUUUAUGAUUGAACAUGCUGGUAGUGAAAUAAACCCACUUGUUGGAGCCCUCAGUUCAUAUUUGCCAGCACUUUGGCAAGAAUGUGAAGAACAUAAUAUGCUAAGAUGUGCUAUAAUUUCAACACUUGUACAUCUGGAAAAGGCUUUAGGUUCUGAAAGCGUCCUUAUAGAACCACAAGUAGUAGGUGUUAUUGCAUUAAGUUGUGACGUCAAUCAAAAUUGUCACGUUUAUUUGUUAGAAGAUGGCUUGCGAUUACGGUUAGCUUUACUGCAAAAUGCAGCUGCGCCAACAUUGGCUAUAACGGAACUGACUAAAAAUUUGCCUGCUGUAUUAGAAAAAUCAUUUGAACAUUUAAAAUUAUGUUUGUAUAUAGUUCAAGCAUAUGUAAUAUUAAGUCCCCAAGAAUUUUUAAGUCAAAGAGGAGCGAUUAUAAUCGAAACACUUAGGCCACUUUUAGGAGAUUUGAACUCGGAAGGAGUUGUAAUGAUAAUGACAGUGUUUGAAAUGUGUUUAUGUGCUUCACCUCGGCAAAGUGCAAAACUUAUUAAACCUGUUUUGAUAACUAUAUUUGAGAAGAUGGAUGUCGCAGUGAUAGAAGUCCUUCAACAAGCGGGUAGUCAGGAUCCCACUAUUUUGAAACCAGCUGAACAAACUCUAAAACAAUGGGAAACUGAAAGGGGAUUCUACACUGCGUUAUAUAAUGUGUUUUCUAAUCAUUCCUUGAGUAUCAAUAUUAGAUGGAUGGCUAUUUUAUGUUUCAAAAAUGGUGUUGAUAAAUAUUGGAGAAAAAAUGCUCCAAAUGGAAUUGCAGAUGACAAAAAGGAAUUUCUUAGACAACGUUUAAUAGUAAACUUUGAAGAACCUGUAAAUCAGUUAGCUAUCCAAUUGGCAGCUCUCAUUGCUAAAAUUGCAAGAUAUGAUUGGCCUAGAGAAUGGCGCUCAUUAAUUCCAACCUUAUUGGAUGUUAUAAGAGGACAAAAUCCUUUGGCCCAGCAUCGGGCACUGUUAAUAUUACAUCAUGUUGUUAAGUGUUUAGCCUCUAAACGUUUAGUUCCUGGCAGACGACUCUUCCAAGAAUUAACCAGUAGUGUGUUCAGUUUUAUUCUGAAUGUGUGGAAUACUUACACAGAAUCUUUUCUUAUAAUGGCAUCAAAUGGGGCAGACACAAAUCAGAUACAGGAAGCUUUGGAAAAAGCGUUACUUCUAUUGAGAAUUCUUAGAACACUUAUUGUAAAUGGGUUUAAUAAGCCUUCAGAAUCCCAUGAUGCUAUGUCAUUCUUGGAAAUUGUUUUUGAACGUGCAAGAACUUGUCUUGAAUGUCGAAAGACAUUAAUUUCAAGAGGUAUACAGAUGGAAGUAUGCGAUAAAUUUAUAAUUCAUUUAACUAAAGUAUUAAUAGGAGUAUUAGAAAUGCAUCCAUUUUGCUAUGUAGAACUAAUACCAACAUCAUUAGAAUUUUCUGUUUUUUAUUGUUUCACUGAAGCUGGUCAAGCCCUAGCUUUUGAAAGAUUUGUUAUACAGUGUUUAAAUUUAAUGAAAGGCAUUUUAUUAUCUACAUACUAUAAACCAGCUAAAGUUCUCAAAGAUACGAAAAAUCCUUUAACGUUGAGAGCAAAUCAAUUGAGACAAGAAUUUUUUACACCUGAAACAUUAGCAGAAAUUUGUUCAAGGCUGGUAACACAUUAUUUUCUUUUAACACCUGCUGAAUUGGAAUUAUGGGAUACAGAUCCAGAAAGUUUUGUUGUCGAUGAUGGCGGUGAAUCAUGGAAAUAUAGCUUAAGGCCUUGUACGGAGUGUCUGUUUGUAGUAAUUUUCCAUCAUUUUGGAGAAGUUCUUGUACCAGUUUUAGUUGAAUUAAUGCAAAGACAUCAUCAACCAGUUGACCCGAAUAAUUUGCAUGCUAUUCUAGUAAAAGAUGCAGUAUAUAAUGCAGUUGGUUUGGCUGCAUUUGAUUUAUACGAUGAGGUAAAUUUUGAUCAAUGGUUUUCAACUACCUUAAAAGAAGAGUUGAAAAUUCGAAGUAACAAUUAUAGAAUUAUUAGAAGACGAGUAUGUUGGCUUAUUGGGCGCUGGACAACUGUUAAGUUAAGUACAGAGUUAAGACCAGAAUUAUACAAACUUAUGGUUGAAGUUUUGAGUCCUGAAGAAGAUCUGGGUGUUCGCUUAGCAGCAAGCGAUGCUUUAAAACUUGCGAUAGAUGAUUUUCAAUUUAAUCCGGAAGAAUUCUCGCCAUAUUUAGAACCAGCAUUCUCUUUAUUAUUUUCGCUCCUAAAAGAAGUAAAAGAAUGUGAUACCAAGAUGUAUGUGUUAUACGUGUUAUCAUUUAUGAUUGAACAUGCUGGUAGUGAAAUAAACCCACUUGUUGGAGCCCUCAGUUCAUAUUUGCCAGCACUUUGGCAAGAAUGUGAAGAACAUAAUAUGCUAAGAUGUGCUAUAAUUUCAACACUUGUACAUCUGGAAAAGGCUUUAGGUUCUGAAAGCGUCCUUAUAGAACCACAAGUAGUAGGUGUUAUUGCAUUAAGUUGUGACGUCAAUCAAAAUUGUCACGUUUAUUUGUUAGAAGAUGGCUUGCGAUUACGGUUAGCUUUACUGCAAAAUGCAGCUGCACCAACAUUGGCUAUAACGGAACUGACUAAAAAUUUGCCUGCUGUAUUAGAAAAAUCAUUUGAACAUUUAAAAUUAUGUUUGUAUAUAGUUCAAGCAUAUGUAAUAUUAAGUCCCCAAGAAUUUUUAAGUCAAAGAGGAGCGAUUAUAAUCGAAACACUUAGGCCACUUUUAGGAGAUUUGAACUCGGAAGGAGUUGUAAUGAUAAUGACAGUGUUUGAAAUGUGUUUAUGUGCUUCACCUCGGCAAAGUGCAAAACUUAUUAAACCUGUUUUGAUAACUAUAUUUGAGAGAGUAUAGUUGCUUCAGUAUGUUAUAACAA